AUGGCCAUGGAGCUUGGAUGGGACAAGGCACAGGUCGUCGAGAUCGACGCAUUCUCCUGUUCCGUUAAUUCACCUUGGAACUCCGCGCUAUGUCAUCAAGGCUUCGACCUCAAUCUUCGCCUGGAAAAAGUACUCUUCUCUGUUGUACCUUGCUCAAUCGCCUUGAUCUGGGGACUCUAUCGCCGUCGGCAGCUUCAGACUAGAGCAGUGGUCUCUCACGGACAUCUUCGCCCAGUGGCUAACUUGAUCAGCCUCAUCGUCCUAAGCUUCCUGAGACUAUUCAUCGCACCUACUUCAAUCGCCAUCGCACCUGUUGCUAUUGUUCUGAUCUCCGGCAUCGCCAGAUAUGCUGGGCGACGGAGCGGCGCGCGGACGGACCAAGGUUCGGGUCUUCUUACCCUCAAACAGGCCAGUUCAGACAGAUACGGCUUGGUCCUCUGGCAGGCUCUCACGGCAUUCCAAAUCGUCUCACUCAUGAGAGUUGCCAUUGAAACAGAGACUCAGAGUCAAUCUGGUAUUCAUCUUGCUUCAUGGAUCUUGUCAGUUACGACGAGUGUUCUCUUCACAUUGCUAUCAGAGCGAGAGCACAGCAGAUCCUUGGCUCCAUCAGCCCUCCUCCAACUCUUCCUCCUGACCACAAUAUUCCUCGACGCAGCUCGCGUCAUCCUCAAGGUACUCCUUCUCGCAGCCGAGUCUGUGUCAAAACCCGCUGUUAUCGCGAUCCCAGCUCGUCGGACCUCUAGAGAGGAGACAUCAGGUAUUUUUGGCAAGAGCUUCGGGACCUGGGUCGAUCCGCUGCUACGCCUAGGGUGGCAGAAGAAUCUUGUAGCAGAAGAUCUCGAUCCUGUUGACGAAGCUCUUGAUGGAGAAGCGGUGCUUAAGCGGCUCUCUUCGGCGUGGAAGAACGUCAACCAGAACAAGAACCACGCUCUAGCCAUGACGGUUCUGAAGGAGUUCCGGGCCGAGCUCUUCUUCAUUCACGUCCCGCGCGUCGGCAUGGUGGCCUUCGGCCUGACACAACCCCUUCUCGUCCAAACUACAAUCUCGUACAUCCAAAAUCCCAUUGACAAGCCCAUCAGCUACGGCCAGGCCCUUGUCGUCGCAUUCGCCAUCACAUACCUCGGACUAGCUGUACGUUUCACUUGGCAAGAUUUCCGAACCUUCACAAAAUGGUCAGGCCAACUCACCCAUCGCCUCAUCACCCGCAUCCGCGGCGCCCUCAUCGCCAUAAUCUACCAGAACAUGCUCACUCUCCGCGCGGAGACGGGUAACUCGCAGGCAGCGGUCGCGCUGAUGAGCACCGAGGUCGAGCGCAUCACCGUAGCUGCUCAGUGGUGCGUCGCCAUCGUCCCUAAUCUUAUCCAGCUCGGGUUCGCCAUGUGGAUUAUGAGCGAGCAGCUUGGGGCUGUCAGCGUUGCUCCGAUCAUCAUUGCGCUUCUCAGUGUGUCGGCCGGCAUCAGAACGGGGCAGUUGAUCCCGCCUCGCCAACGGAGGUGGAUGCUGGCGAUCCAGAAGCGGGUUGGCAUCACCACAGAAAUCAUUGGCUCGGUCAAGGGCGUCAAGAUGAGCGGCCUGACUAGCACAGUCCAGGACCAGCUCGACGAGUCCAAGAAGUUCAGGAGAGUACAGAUUCUCAAUGUGCUUAUCGGACAAUUCCCAUCAAUAAUGACUCCGUCCAUCACCUUCGCCGCCUUCGGCAUCAUCUCAAAGUUGUCCGGUGGCCAGCCGCUCAACGUGGUUCAGGCUUUCACAUCCCUCAGUCUCCUCGGCAUACUGAUAAAUCCCGUCUCCGAGCUCGUCAUGAUCCCCAAUAACCUCGGAGCCGCCAUCGGGUGCCUUGACAGGAUCCAAGAGUACCUCGUCAAAGAGAAGCGGGAAGAUUACCGCCUUGUCAAAUCAAAGACAGCUCCGGACCCCGCCGUGCCGCGAAGCAAUGGAAUUCGCGAGCCGCCGCAAAGUGACAGCCAGCCCCGACCGCUGAUCAAAGUCUCGAAGGGUUCCUUCGGCUGGCGCAAAGACCAGGCCAUUCUCAAGUCCCUGGACCUCGAGAUCCACCCAGGGAGCCUUACAAUCCUCGUCGGACCCGUCGGCUCCGGCAAAUCUACCCUGCUCAAGUCCCUCGUGGGGGAGACGUACCGCAUCUUGGGGUCGGUAGAGUACACAAGCUCAACAGACGUGGCAUACUGCGAUCAGGACCCCUGGAUCCUGAACCAAAGCAUCAAGGAGAACAUCAUUGGCGGCGUCGCUACGCAAGACACGUCCGACUUUUACGACAAGGUUAUCCAGGCCUGUCAGUUAGAAGAAGAUCUCAAUCUCCUCUUGGAAGGCGACGAGAGUAUAGUCGGAAGCUCGGGUUCGGCUCUUAGUGGUGGCCAGAAGCAUCGGAUUGCGCUUGCUAGAGCCGUCUAUAGCGGAAAGCAAAUCACCAUCAUGGAUGAUAACCUGAAAGGCCUCGACUCUAAGACGGCUUCGAAAUGCUUCCAUGCGCUCUUUGGGAACGAUGGACUCUUACCCCAAUGGCUCCGAUCCGCGGACAAUAUUAUUUCCCUCGGUAGUGGCAGGACCAUCUCGGAGACAGGCUUGUAUGAAGACCUCUGCGAGACUGGAGGCUACGUCAGCACUCUGAAAGUCACCCAGAAGAACGACCACCAAGAUGGCGACACAGCGGAAGUAGAAGAGAUUCAAAAGAGUGCCGACAAGAAGGACAAGGCUGCCGCAAUCCAGAAGCCAGAUGACUCGGCCAAGGCUAAAACCCGCGGCGCUACGAACACGAGUUCACUCCUGUACUACAUCAAGUCAAUGGGAAUCACACCCUUUGGGCUUUUUGUAGCCAUGGUAAUUUUUCAGACUAUCUGCAGAAUCAUGCAACGCCUCUGGGUCAAGUUUUGGGUCGCUGCCGACGAGGAUGGAGGACAAGAGAACCUGGAUAUGUGGGUGGGCGUCUACAUCCUCUGGGGUGUCUUGACGGAGUUGGCCCUUGCCGUCGAAUGCUACUACUUCCUCGUUGUAAUUGUUCCUCACUCGGCAAAGGGGCUUCAUUUCAGCGUCCUCAGAUCUGCUCUCUCCGCGCCCCUGUCUUUCUUCGUCAAGACAGACACAGGUAUCAUUAUCAACCGCUUUAGCCAGGACAUGAACCUCGUCGAUCUUCCCCUCCCCCUCGCCUUCAUGCUAAUCUUCGACAACCUCACCCUCGCAAUAGCAGACAUAACCCUAACAACCCUCGCCACGCCUACCCUAUCCCUAUCCGUCCCCUUCCUAAUCCUCCUCCUCUACCUUCUGCAACGAAUCUACCUCCAAACAUCCCGCCAAAUCCGCCUCCUCGACCUCGAGACAAAAUCCCCUCUCUUCUCCCACUUCAUCGCCUCCGCCACCGGCCUAGUCACCAUCCGCGCCCUCGGGCCCAGCUGGACAUCCCGCGUGCAAUCCCAGAGCCUGCAACGGCUAGAUCUCUCCCAGAGGGCGUUUUACGCAAUGGGCAGUUUGCAGAAGUGGCUCUUACUGGUGCUGAAUCUUGUUGUCGCUGCGUUGGCGGUGCUGCUUGUUGCGUCUGCUAUUAUGCUGAGGGAUCGCGUUGACCCCGGGCUGCUUGGUGUGGCGCUCUUGGAGACUAGCCUUGGGGCCGUGGCGAGGAUUAGGGAGUUUGGGGCGGAGACACCUUCGGAGGAGAACAAAGACAAUGACGGCGUGGACAUUCGCAGUGUGCCCGUCACACGGCUCCGAGAAUCUCUCGUUGCGCUGCCACAGGAUCCGCUCUUCCUGCCUGGGACUGUCCGUCGCAACCUGGACCCUUUUGAGUCUUGCAAAGGUGAUGCCGACAUCUGGGACGCGUUGGAGAAGACUGGACUAAAGGCUCUAUUCGAAGAUAAGGGCGGUCUCGAGGCUAAUCUCAACACUGACUGGUUGAGCGCGGGACAGAGGCAGCUGUUCUGCAUGGCGAGGGCCAUUUUGAGGGAUAGUCGUGUCUUGCUGCUUGAUGAGGCGACAAGCAGUCUGGACCAAGCCACGGAACAGGUCGUGCAAGACCUCAUCGGCAGCGAGUUCCAAGGCUGGACAAUCAUCGUUAUCGCUCAUCGGCUACGGGCCAUCGUGGACUUUGACAAGGUUGUGACGCUCCAGGACGGGAAGGUUGUGGAGUUCGAUAGUCCCAAGAAGCUGCUUGAGAAUGGCGGCAUCUUUGCCGCUAUGUGGAAGCUGCAAGAAGGUUGA